UGAGUUGCUUGGAAGAAGACGAAGAAGAAGAAGAAGAAAAUGGUGGAGGGGGGAGCCCACCCUUCUAGUAAAACAGAGUUCACAGAGUGCUGGAGGACAACAUGGAAGACGCCUUACAUUAUGCGUCUCGCGCUCUCUGCCGGCAUUGGAGGCCUCCUUUUCGGUUACGAUACAGGUGUAAUCUCCGGGGCAUUACUAUACAUUCGUGAGGACUUUCGCGAAGUUGACAGGAAAACAUGGCUGCAGGAGACCAUAGUGAGUAUGGCAGUUGCAGGCGCCAUCAUUGGGGCUGCAUUUGGUGGAUGGAUGAACGAUGCCCUUGGCCGGAAAAAAUCAAUCCUGAUCGCGGACGUGGUGUUCUUCGUGGGUGCAAUAGUUAUGGCUGUUGCUCCAGCUCCGUGGGUGAUCAUCAUUGGAAGAAUUAUAGUUGGUGUGGGAGUCGGAAUGGCUUCCAUGACCGCACCCCUUUACAUCUCGGAAGCUUCUCCUCAUAGAAUCAGAGGAGCUCUUGUUAGCACAAACGGUAUGUUGAUUACAGGAGGACAAUUCCUGUCAUACCUCAUCAAUCUGGCCUUCACGAAAGCUCCUGGAACGUGGCGUUGGAUGCUUGGAGUCGCAGGACUUCCAGCUGUGGUUCAGUUCAUAUUGAUGUUGUCGCUUCCUGAGUCUCCCAGAUGGCUCUACAGAGAGAACAAGGUGGAUGAAGCUAGGGCCAUUUUAGCGAAAAUCUAUCCUGCUGAAGAGGUGGAUGAUGAACUGAAAGCCUUGCAUGAAUCCGUGGAAUUUGAAAAGGCUGAGGAAGGAACAGCUGGGAAUGGCAUGUUCGGAAAACUAAAGGGUGCAUUGAGCAACACCGUGGUCCGAAGAGGACUUUAUGCAGGAAUCACUGUGCAAGUAGCUCAGCAAUUUGUAGGAAUUAAUACUGUCAUGUAUUACAGCCCAACCAUCGUUCAAUUUGCCGGGUUCGCGUCCAACCAGACGGCUAUGGCGCUGUCUUUGAUCACCUCCGGUCUCAACGUGGUUGGCACCCUCAUCAGCAUGUGCUUUGUAGAUAGAUAUGGAAGGAGAAGGCUGAUGAUUAUCUCUAUGUUUGGGAUCAUCACUUGCCUGGUGGUGUUAGCUGGGGUGUUUUACUAUGCGGCAGCAAAUUCUCCCAAGAUUAGUAAUUUGGAAUCUGCUAGGUUUGGCAACAACUCUACAUGUCCGGCUUAUGGCUCUGCUUCUAACCCUGCAUCAUGGAACUGCAUGACUUGUUUGAAACAAGACUGCGCCUUCUGUUCUAGCAAAGUGAAGGAUCUCGCCCCGGGAGCUUGCUUGGCUGCCCAUGAUAAUAUCAGGGAUUCGUGUCGCGAGGACCGUCGUACGUGGUACAGCAAAGGUUGUCCCAGCAAAAUUGGAAUCUUUGCAGUGAUCUUACUGGGACUGUACAUUAUUAUGUAUGCGCCUGGAAUGGGAACCGUACCCUGGAUUGUGAACUCAGAGAUAUACCCUCUGAGAUACAGAGGAAUAGGUGGAGGGAUUGCUGCAGUUUCAAACUGGACAGCCAAUCUCAUAGUCAGUGAGACAUACUUGACCCUCACCAAGGCUCUGGGUUCUGCCGGAACAUUUCUACUAUUUGCUGGAUUUUCUUUAAUUGGACUUAUAUUCAUUUACUUCCUGGUUCCUGAAACCAAAGGAAUGCAAUUUGAAGAAGUUGAGAAGUUGCUUCAGAAAGGCUUCAAACCUAAACUAUUUGCUCCCAAGGACACCAAAGGCAAAGCCAAAGUUGAGGAGUAAUCUAAUUUGUUAGGGACCAUAUCAUUAGUCGUGUGGGAAUUGAUGUGUACAUGUCAU